AUGACUAAUGAUGAAAUUAUUGAUGGUGAAAUAGAACAAAUUGCUUCAUUAGAUGAUUCACAUCCAGCAGAAAAUAAAAAGGCCAAGUGGGCUUUGGCAGAUUUAUUUCCUGCUGGUCUUGAU